UUGCGGGAAUUUCAGGGUGUUCCCGCCAUUUUGUUCCACGAUGCUAGCAUUGGUAGAAAUCCCGAGCGCAUGUUAAGGAGAGUACGCACUUCGCUCAACGUAGCACCUUGAAGGGUAACUUAUAUAUAAGCUGCGUUCGAGGCAUCCGGGCAGUUUAAAAGUUGUUUGAAGCUUGUAGCCAUGGAAGACGACGCAGGAGAGAAAUCAAGCUUCGUGAUCGGUCUAAUCGAGAACAGAGCCAAAGAGGUGCCGUAUAAUCACAAUUUUGCUUUUAGUUUCUAGGACUUUGUAUCUGUUUGGUUAGAUCAGUGUUUUGAUUAUCAUAUUCAGUGAUUUUGAGAAGAAAAAUUAUUUGAUUCUGAUUCGCCAAAUGGAUCGUUAAUGAGGAUAUCAUCAGAAACUUGAAUUUAGGCAUAUUUUGCUCUCAAGUUGUUCAAGAAAGAAAAAAGUAAUAAAGCUUAGGACAUUGAGCUUUGAUUUACAUGAUUCUGAGAAGUUUUUAGCAUUUGGUGGUUUGAAGAUUACGUUGCAAGUUGCGGCACUUUAUGAUAAUUCUUCUAUUAUCGAAGAAAGUAAAAUUGGUUGUGAAAUGGAAACUCGGAUGAUGAUUAUUUGCGCCUGAAAAAUUGGCUCAUUUAUGUUGGAGUAGCUGCUUUUGACUUAAGGUCAGCUUCGUUGCAUCUUUCUCAAUAUAUUGAGACUAGCAGUUCAUAUCAGAAUACAAAAACGCUGGUGCACUUUUAUGAUCCAAUGGUGAUCAUUGUUCCCCCAAACAAGCUGGCACCGGAGGGCAUGGUUGGAGUUUCUGAAUUGGUGGAUAGAUUUUAUGCUUCAGUCAGGAAGGUUGUAAUGGGCCGCAGUUGCUUUGAUGACACUAAGGGUGCUGUGCUGAUUAAAAAUCUAGCUGCUAAGGAGCCUUCGGCACUUGGUUUAGAUACUUAUUACAAGCAAUAUUAUCUGUGUUUGGCUGCUGGUGCUGCUACUAUCAAGUGGAUAGAAGUUGAGAAAGGACUCAUCGUCACAAAUCACUCUUUAUUGGUCACUUUUAAUGGAUCUUUUGAUCAUAUGAAUAUUGAUGCCACUAGCGUCCAAAAUUUGGAGAUCAUUGAGCCAUUCCAUUCUACAUUGUGGGGCACAAGCAAUAAGAAAAGAAGUCUGUUCCACAUGCUUAAGACUACAAAAACUAUUGGAGGGACUAGACUACUUCGUGCCAACCUUUUGCAGCCUUUAAAAGAUAUUGAAACUAUCAAUGCACGUCUAGAUUGCCUGGAUGAACUGACAAGCAACGAACAGCUUUUCUUUGGACUCUCCCAGGUUCUACGUAAAUUUCCAAAAGAGACUGGUAAGACACAGAAACGUGAAGAUAAGGUGCUUUGUCACUUUUGCUUCAAGCCAAAGAAAGUUACAAACAAAGUCUCCGGUGUUGAUUUUUCAAGAAAGAGUCAAAUUUUAAUAUCAAGUGUUAUUCUUCUGAAAACUGCUCUGGAUGCCUUGCCUUUGCUCUCGAAGGUACUUAAGGAUGCCAAGAGUUUUCUUCUUGCAAAUAUCUACAAGUCUGUCUGUGAAAAUGAGAAAUACGCUCUUAUCAGAAAGAGGAUUGGAGAGGUGAUUGAUGAAGAUGUGUUGCACGCACGGGUUCCUUUUGUAGCUCGCACGCAGCAGUGUUUUGCAGUCAAGGCUGGAAUUGAUGGAUUUUUGGAUAUUGCCAGGAGAUCAUUUUGUGAUACUAGCGAAGCUAUUCAUAACCUUGCUAACAAGUACCGUCAAGAUUUCAAAUUGCCCAAUUUAAAACUCCCAUUUAACAGUAGGCAUGGGUUCUACUUUAGCAUUCCGCAGAAAGAUAUUCAGGGAAAACUUCCCAGCCAGUUCAUUCAGGUCAUGAAACAUGGGAAUAAUAUACGUUGCUCAACUCUAGAGCUUGCUUCUCUUAAUGUUAGAAACAAGUCAGCGGCUUCAGAAUGCUAUACAAGAACAGAACUUUGCCUUGAAGCACUAGUAGAUGCCAUAAGAGAGGAUAUUUCUGUGCUCACACUGCUUGCGGAGGUCCUAUGCCUAUUAGAUAUGAUAGUCAAUUCCUUUGCUCAUGCAAUUUCUACCAAGCCUGUUGAUCGUUAUACUAGACCAGAAUUCACAGAUGAUGGCCCAAUGGCAAUUGAUGCUGGAAGACACCCAAUUCUAGAGAGCAUACACAAUGACUUUGUUCCCAACAACAUUUUCUUAUCAGAGGCAUCAAACAUGGUGAUUGUCAUGGGCCCUAACAUGAGUGGAAAAAGCACAUAUCUUCAGCAGCUCUGUCUUAUAGUUAUUCUUGCUCAGAUUGGUUGUUACAUUCCAGCCCGCUUCUCAACUCUUAGAGUUGUUGAUCGUAUAUUUACUAGGAUGGGUAAUGUAGAUAAUCUGGAAUCAAACUCUAGUACGUUCAUGACAGAGAUGAAAGAGACAGCUUUUGUCAUGCAAAAUGUUUCCCAAAGGAGUCUAAUUGUCAUGGAUGAACUGGGAAGGGCUACGUCUUCAAUUGAUGGAUUUGCAAUUGCAUGGAGCUGCUGCGAGUAUCUUUUGUCACUGAAAGCGUAUACAAUAUUUGCUACUCAUAUGGAGAAUUUGUCAGAACUGGCGACCAUUUACCCGAAUGUGAAAAUUCUUCACUUUAAUGUUGACAUCAGAAAUAAUCGUUUAGAUUUUAAGUUUGAUCUCAAAGAUGGACCAAGACAUAUACCGCACUAUGGACUUCUACUAGCAGAAGUGGCAGGCUUACCAAGCUCCGUGGUUGAGACGGCCAGGAACAUCACAUCCAGAAUAACUGAAAAGGAAAAGAAGCGGAUGGAGGUAAACUGCCAGCAAUAUCAUCCAAUCCAAAUGGCUUACCAUGUUGCUCAACGGCUUAUAUGUCUAAAAUUUUCGAGCCAAGACGAGGAUUCAAUCAGACAAGAAUUGUGUAAUCUUAAAGAGAGCUAUAUCAAUGGAAAGCUUUAGAGCUCAGUAAAAUUGCUGUUGCAACUCGAAGACUAUCAAACUGCUGUAUUUCAGGCUUAGCAAAAGGGUCAGCAAUGCACAAUUAAGUCGAAUAUUGUGUUUGACAAAGUAGAUCUGGAAAACUAUGUCAAUACCUCUUUAAUUUUGCAAAAACUUGGAAAAAUUGCUUCAAA